CUGGUCAAUGAGACGCUACGGCGGGUGUUGCUGACCCUCUGGAACGUGUAUUCGUUCUUCACCAAUUACGCCAACAUCGAUCAGUUUGAACCCGACCAGAUUACAGCCAACUGGCAGCCGGAAGUUGAACUUGAUCGCUGGAUACUGUCGGAGUUGAAUCUGCUGGUGCAGCAGGUUGACGAUCACCUGGACAAAUACAAUCCCACCGAUGCCGGUCGCCGGAUCCAGGAAUUUAUCGACGUGCUGUCCAACUGGUACGUCCGUCGAUCUCGGCGCCGGUUCUGGAAGAGCGAAAGCGACACCGACAAGCUCGGCGCCUACUCAACGCUGUACAACUGCCUAACCACCGUGGCCAAGCUGAUGGCGCCCCUGGCUCCCUUCGUGGCGGAGCAGAUGUACCGCAACCUGGAACUGCGCUACGACCCCGAGGCUCCGGAUAGUGUGCACCUGGCCUCCUACCCGAUCGCCAACGAAUCGCUAAUCGAUCGUCCCCUCAUGGAUGCCACCAGACUGGCGCAGCGCGUCGCCAGCAUGGGCCGCGCAGCUCGCAGCAAGGCCGGUAUCAAAGUGCGGCAGCCGCUGGCAUCAGUGGUGGUGCACACCCGCACGCCAGAAGAGAACGAAUACCUGGACUGGGUGCGGUCCCAGAUUCUUGAGGAGCUGAACAUCAAGGAGUUGCAGCCGGCCGCCUUGCAACCAGACUCUACGCCAGCGCGCAAGGGGCCGCCGGCGACGAGCCGAGGCCAUCGUGUUAUUAGACGGAUAUUCGGCAGUCUGGAGGCCGGGUACAUGGUCGCCAUCGACACCCGUUUGACACCCGAAUUGGCCGACGAAGGACUGGCACGCGAACUGGCGCAUCGCAUCCAGAACCUGCGCAAGGGCGCCCGCUACGAAAUCACCGACCGUAUCAUCACCUUCUACGAAGGUCCUGACGAUGUGAUGCGGGUAAUGACCGGGCACCAGGAUUACAUCAUGCAGGAAACCCUCAGCGAAGCGCUGUUGGCCCAGGCUCCCGACGAUGACGCCAGUUCAGAAACCCAGCGAAUUGAGGGCAUGGAAGUUACGCUGGGGUACGCCGAGUCGUUCCUGAAGCGCCGGCCAUCAAAUGCCAGCGCCGAGUCAACGGAACUGAUGCCGCCUGAGAUCCACGAUGCCCGAGCUGCCCGAGGUCGAAAACACGCGCCAGUAUCUGUUGCGGGCGGGCCCUCGGUCGGCGAGUUUAUCGAGGGAGUGGUUGGCCGGCGGGUAGAGGAUGUGCGUCGGCGGGGCAAGUACCUCAUCGCGCCACUGGACGACGGCAACCAUCUCGUGCUGCACCUGGGCAUGACGGGGAGCCUCCGCAUCAGAAACGCAGAUGUGCCGGUAGGUCCGAUGGUGCGGCACACCUUCCCGCUGGACGAUGGCCGGCAACUAAGAUUCGGCGACCCGCGGAAAUUCGGACAUCUGUGGCUGUUGAGCGACCCGGCAGAUGCCAUGUCCAAAAUGGGGCCGGAACCUUUGGAACCAUGCUUCACCCGUGAGGCCCUGACGGCGACGCUGGGAAACCGCAAAGCGCCCAUCAAAGCGUUGCUGCUGGAGCAAUCUGUCGUGGCGGGUCUGGGCAACCUGUACGCCGAUGAAGCGUUGUUUCUGUCGAUCAUCCCGAACGGAUGGCGGGCAGUCUGGACCUGGCCGAGUCAACCCGUUUGCACGAAUCCAUCGUAA